CAUGUCAGCUCGUCGACUUCAGUUUUAGGGCACCUUGCCAAUACCGAGCAUUUCACAUAGUUUGGUAGUUUGCAUUGUGAUAGGGAAGAAGAGCUUAGCAUGCUGCACUGAACAAGGGCGACAUUUGCGGACGGGCGGGUCGCAUACAACGACUGCUUGAGCCAUCUUGACUGGCAGAGUAAUUAUUUUGAGCAGAAAUGAUCAUCUACGAGAACUGGCUGUGGGGCCUGCCGCUGCUCACCAGGGGUUAUGGCUCCGCCUUUCCCCGGGCUUUCCUCUUUGCAGCCAUCAGUGCAUUGGAGACGACGCUCAUCUUCUUGUACGCGCCCGAUAGCGUUAAGAUGGCCUUGAAGAAUCCAACAAUCUUCCAGAUAUACGGAUUCGUUGUGGGCUUUGCGCUGGUGUUUAGGUCCUCGCUCAGCUACCAGCGCUUCUGGGAGGCGCGAAGCAUGCUGCAAACCAUCAUAGGGCGCCUGAGCUACUUCACCAUUGAGACAGUGGCAGCAGACCUGGGAUCCAUGGACCACGCCACCGCCACUCCCGAGCAGCGGCGUGCGGCGCACCGCUUCGUGCGCGAGCUAUGCCACGAGGUGUCGCUGCUGUUCUGUUUCAUGAUGAAGGGCCUGCGCAAGGACUUCAACCUGGCCACCGUGUACCCACACGACAUGGCCACUAGCAAGCCGCCCUUCCUGGAUGCCGACUCCAAUGCCAAGGGCUGGAAGCGUUGGGAGGUGUUUGCGGUGCGCGUGUUCGCAAUCAGCGACCUCUUCAAUAUCCACAACCCGCAGCAGGAGGAGGCCAUCCCGGUCAUCGGGGGCCUGCGGCCGGAGGAGCGGGCGCGGUUCAGUGACCUGGUGCCCACACCCGCCAUGAAGGGCAAGGCCGGCUCCAUCAACGGCACUCGGGCCUAUGCAGUGUUUGCGCUCAUCAACCAGCUCUACAUCCGGCGCAUCCGGGAGGGCGGCCUGCAGACGCUGGCGCCGCUGGUGUCUCGCCUGGGCGGGAUUGCGGAGGAGGGCAUGGCGGCGUUCGGGCACUGCACCAAACUGGCCACCACGCAGUUCCCCUUCCCCUGGGCGCAGGUGGUGAUGGCGUUCCUUGCCAUCCUGGGAUCGCUGCUGCCCUUCGUGGUGACUAGCUUCGUGGACCAGCUGUGGAUGGGCGUGACGCUGUCGUUCAUUGUGGUUCUGACCUAUUGGUCGCUGAACGAGGUGGCCACAGAGAUGGAGGACCCCUUCGGAUUCGACCCCAAUGACCUGCCGCUGGCGCGGUACGCCUUUGACUUCAACAACGGCAUCCUCUCCGCGGUCCAUCAACUCCGGCCCGACUACUUUGACGAACUUGACGCGGAGGCCGAGGCGCUGGAGGCCAAAUCACACGCAGCCGGUGCCCAGGCAGCAGCAGCAGCCGCACCGCCGCCGCCGCUGAUGCCAGACGCCCUUGUCAAGUCGCCUCCGGGGGCGGCGGCAGGAGCAGGAGCAGGAGUGGGGGUGGGAGGCCUCGCCAACAGCAACGAUGGAGGCGGCGGCGGUCAGGCGACGCCUUCCUAUCCCGCUGGCUCGCCCGCAAGCGCCAGCAGCGCAGUCCGGGCGGAGGCGGGGGCGGCGGCGUCGGCGAAUGGGAUAACGUUCAGCGCUGCCUCUGGCUCGGGGAAGCCGCCGUCAAGGGGUCUUCACGCGCACGGCAGCGGCGGCUCUGCCUCGGGCCUGGACGGCGGUGGGUCGGGCUCGAGGGCGGCUCGCCGAGGCGCGGUGCUGCCUGUCAACACGUGAUGAUGCCCGGGGGGGGGAGGUGCUGCCUGUCAAGUGUUAACACGUGAUGAUAAGGGGCGCAUGGCAGCUACUAGCUAGCUGAGGUUGGAGCUAGCUUUGCAGCUAGCUACGGCGCUAGCUACGGUGCUGGCUGCCUCGGCGCGGCCUCUGUUCAUAGAAUCAUGCAUGAUGAGCUGUUGAGCUGCUGCGUGAGCCGCACCAGGUCUGCAUGCAUCAUCGCACACUUCUUACGCCGACCGUUUGGCGUGUCAGUGGUCGUCUGGGGCGUGAGGCGUUAGGUGAGGAACAGAGGAAGAGCACCGCAUUGCCUGGCGUUAGCAUUACUGGUUAGGUAGGUCGGAAGGUAAACGGGAUAAGAAAUCAGGAUUCAAGCCAAGCCAGCCAGCGCUACCAUCACGUCAGGGCAGGACAGCAUUAUGUUUGUGGGGUGCGCAAUGUCAAGAGUGAUUGCGCGAGAUAAUCCCUUGCAUUGCUAUUGCGCUGAACCGCUUGACAAUGCUAAAACACAAGGCAUUGAGUUGAUAGCAGGAUGUUGCUAGCUAGACCAGUUGGAGAGUAUAGGCCUAUAGGGUGCAGCAGGUUUUGCAGCCCCUUGCAGGAAUGGAAGCAGGCAGGGUGCAGGGCACGGGGUUGUCGCAUUCGGCAGUGCAGUGCGCCGGAUUCAUUUUCUUUCAUGAUUGAUAAACAGCAGGCUGUGUAGGCGCGGCAGGCUGUAUGGCGCGGCAGGUAGCAGCAAGGGUAGCAGUAAGGUGAUGUUGGCGGCAAGAGUAGCAGUCGGGUACCGUGAUAGAUGUUGGCAGGACGAUAGUACCGUAGUCGGGUGGUGCUGGCAGGACAGCCUGGAUAGGCGCAUAUGCGGGGUGCAGGUAGGUAGUGCAGUGGCCAGGGGAUAGUUGUCGGUAGUAGCAUGGGAGUCUCAAGUGCGCGUGGUAAGCAUGUAGGCGUGGCAGUAAGCGGCCAUAUGCCAUGUGAGCAGGCGGUGGCGACGAGAGGCUGGUUGGCCUUAGGAAGGACCUCGACAGGGAAUGUGCGUGGGUGUUGGCAAAGGAUGAGUGCAAGUGAGGUAGUGACGUGGGCGCGCACGUGGCACAGGCAUACCUCAGCUUACCGCCUUACCUUUCGUUCAGUGCCAGGGAUGCCACUGUUCACUGAAUGGCAAGCUGGGCGCUGAGAUUGCAUUGGUUACAAGGCAAGCGCUGAGCGGCAGCCUAGGGAUGGCCGCACAGCGUACCAUGCCGAAUCCGGAAGAAUAAUGCACUGCCAUUGGCGAACGCUUGUUUGCAAAUGUGUGCGUGUGUGUCAGGAGUAAGCACGUGGCUCCUGGCAUGUAUGGUGCAUCGGGCGCUGCACCAGGCCGCUAGCUAGGGCAGUACGGCACACAGUACGGUAGUCAGCCGCCGCCACAACGGCUUGGCUUGUUCCAAGACGACGACGGGGGUCAGGGAUGUAAAGGUU